AUGGAAUCAUACUUCCAGUACAAACGGAUUCAACAAGCGGUUAGGGAGCAGCUGGCGAAUGAGAAACCCAGAGAUACUCACCCUACAAACGGGUCCCAGGCCGAUGACAGUUGCCCAUUGGGGAACUCUGAGUUACCAACCCUGGAAAAGGAACCCUCAGUGGCACCACAAGAAAUAAACGAUGACGAUAUUAUUCUUGUCGAUUGGGAUGGCAAAGAUGAUCCCCUGAACCCGACAAACUGCAGUGUUUCACGAAAGCUGUUCAUGACCCUUUUGGUUUCCAUGAUUGCAUUCGCAGUCACCGCGGCUUCGGCAAUUGAUGCAUGCGGCGUGAAACAGUAUAGUGAAUACUUCCAUGUUUCAGAAGUGGUUGGAUCUCUCGCAACAGGCCUAUUUCUUGUCGGCUUCGGAGUCGGCUCACUACUGUCCGGUCCUUUCUCAGAGACAUUUGGACGCAAUGCAGUGUAUCUGAUCACGAUGCUGGUCUUCUUGAUAUUUGUCCUGGCGUCCGCUGUCGCUCCGACCAUUCAUAGCCAUUUGGUCUUCCGCUUUUUCGCUGGUUUCUUCGGCUCCACGCCUCUUAGCUGCGCCGGUGGUACCGUAGCCGACUUGUGGAAUCCCGUGCAAAAGGCUUACGCAUUCCCCGCAUACGCUAUCCCGGCUUUCAUAGGCCCAAUGGUCGGACAAAUCAUUGGAAGUUUUGUUCCUCAACAUCUAGGCUGGCGUUGGCUCGAAUGGCUUAUGCUCAUUAUGGGAGGAGCCAUCCUUAUCUUGGUUGUUCUUAUGCAGCCAGAGACAUAUGGAAACCUUCUUUUGCAUUGGAAAGCUUCGAUCCUGAGAGCGGAAACAGGUGAUCGAAGAUACCGAGCGCCGAUGGAGUUAAGAAGAGAGAGUCUUGGACAACGCUUGUUGACUGCCAUCUACAGACCUUUCUUAUGGAGCUAUACCGAGUUGAUCAUCAUUUUGAUGUCGAUUUACCUUACUGUGGUUUACAUUGUUCUUUUCACUUUCUUGGAUGGGUACACCUACGUCUUUGGAGAGCCAUAUGGGCUAUCACUAGGGCUGACCAACGUCUCUUGGGCCGGGAUGCUUGUCGGUAUAAUUCUGACUGGCUGCACUGUCCCAUUGGUAUACUCUUGGACAGCAAAAGAGUACCAAAAGACUGGUCGCAUUCUUCCCGAAACUCGCCUUUGGUAUGCCAUGCUUGGUGGUGCACCAGCUGUGCCUGUCAGUUUGUUCUGGAUGGGCUGGACCAACUAUCCUUCUAUAUCUAUCUGGUCCCCACUUAUUGCUUCUGCUUUAUUUGGUUAUGGAAUCAUGUCCAUUUUCCUUGUGGCCUACAUGUAUAUCAUCGAUGCAUACGGUGUAUACUCUGCUUCUGCUUUGGGCUUCCUCGUCUUUACCAGAUACGUUGUUGCUGGUAUUUUCACUGUUGCUGGAGGGCCGAUCUAUGAAGCAAUUGGUGCACAUUACACCCUCACCAUUUUGGGAUCCAUCAGUGCUGUAAUGGCUGUCAUCCCUUACUUGCUCUAUAUCUAUGGUCCCCAGAUCCGCAAGCACAGCAAGCAUGCAGUCAACUUGGAUUGA